AUGAAGCAUUUCUCACAAAAACUUUACGUAUUCAUGGUCGUUAUAAAACUUUUUGAGGAUCUUUCAAAGGAUUUUUCUCAACUUUUAGAUGAAUCAGAUGAUUUUGAUGUCAUUAUUCAAGUUGGAGAACAAUCAAAUUUUAAAGAAUUUAACGUAUAUUCAAAUAUUUUGUGCUCUAGAUCACCUUAUUUUAAAAUUGCUUUAUCUAGUGAACGGGUAAACAAUAAAAACGGUGUCAUCACUUUUAAAAACCAAAUAUCCCCCAGAUGUAUUUCUAUUAAUACUUCGGAUAUUCAAGAAUAUAUUAUGAAAAUUAUUUGCAAAGAUCCAAAACUGUUCUUUGAGUUAAAGGAAUUUUUGACUUUGGAUAAAGAUAUCUUUUUGGAACUUAUCAAGAGAAUUGAUUUGGAUAUUGAAGGAAUUGAUAUUUGGAACUAUUUAGUGAAAUGGGGAAUAGCUCAAUCUAUUGCUUCUGAUGAAAUGUCUGCAAAUGCAGAUGUUACUAAUUGGAAAGCGGAUGAUUUUGCAUCAUUCAAGAAAUCUCUAGACCCAUUUAUUCGAUUUCAUGAAAUAUCCAGAACUUAUCUGAUGGCAAAUGUAAAUCUUGAAGUUUCAAGGCUACCAUCACAUUUUAGGUCUAUUAAUAUUGAUUCUGUUAUAAUUGAAGGGGAUAAAGCUGCAAUCAUAUCUAAUUGGAUUGAAAAAAGAACUACUUUUGCGGGGAAACCUUUUUACCAGUUUACACUUAUUUACCGAGCAACACGCGAUGGUUUUGAUUAUAAUGAGUUUAUUGCUAAUAAUUGUAAUGGCGCAAUUCUUGGGUUUACUUGUCAUCGUGAUAAUAAAUUCAGAAGUUAUGGUAAUGCUUUUACUCUUCAUAAUGACUACAAUGACUAUCGUUCUUAUAGCCAGUGGGAAUCGACUGAUGAUAGUUUUAUCUUUUGCUUUGAAAAUGGAAAAAGUUUUGACACUCAUAUUAUUAGCCGUGUGAAAGUCCCAUCACAAGCAAUAUUUAAUUGUCGUAGUUCUUGGUUGAAUUUUGGGAAUUCUGAUUUAGUUCUAAAUAGGAAAAAUGGUUCCUGUAUACAAAGUCAUUACGAAAAGAAGAUUUUAAAUGAUGAAAGCUUCGUUGUUGAAGAAUUAGAGACCUUUGUUGUACAAAAAGCUAUUAAUUAG